AUGGCAAGGAGAAGAGUUCCUGUGCUAAUGGGUGAUAAUGGUGGAAAGUUAAGCGGGGGAGUGAACAAGCAAGGAAUAAAUUUCUACAAUAAUCUCAUUGACGAGCUACUUUCCAACGGUUUGCAACCCUUUGUGACUAUCUUUCAUUGGGACCUUCCUCAGGCCUUGGAAGAUGAGUAUGGCGGCUUUUUAAGCCCUCGCAUUGUGGAUGAUUUUCGAGACUUCGCUGAAGUUUGCUUCAAAGAAUUUGGUGAUCGCGUGAAGCAUUGGAUCACUCUAAAUGAGCCAUGGACCUUUAGUAGUUAUGGUUAUGACUCAGGCUUCAUAGCACCAGGCCGGUGUUCCAAAUGGGUAAAUGCAGCAUGUCAGGCGGGAAACUCCGCCACUGAACCUUACAUUGUUGGCCACCAUCUGCUACUUUCUCAUGCCGCAGCCGUCAAACUAUACAAGCAAAAAUACCAAGCUAUUCAAAAGGGCAAGAUUGGUGUAACAUUGGUGUCUCACUGGUGUAACAUUGGUGUCUCACUGAAUGGACAAUGGAGGAGAAUUCUGGUAGCUCUCAACAGUGUAAGAGGGAAAAUUCAAAGAAGUGGAGACACUGAGUUAGAUCUUAAAACUGUGAGUGGUUUGUAUUUUGAUGAUCCUGUUGGAGUUAAGGUAAAUAGGGAGGGGCAGAUGGUGAAAGUAUUGCAUGGAAAUGAGGGAGAGGAACUUGACUCUGUUAGUGAAAUUGAAGAGAAUGGCGACCACUUAUUUAUGGGGUCAUCUGUGAAGGCUUAUGUUGGAAUCAUGCAGCUGUAG